AUGGAGAAUAUAAGUGAUCACAAUAGAGAAGAGGCCUUCAAGGCCAAGGAAAUUACUGCUUUAGAGAGUAUGGAGAAGAAAGAUUUCCGUCAUGCGCAACAAAUUAUACUUGGAGCUCAAGCACUUUGUCCCGAGCUGGCUGAGAAUAUGUCCCAAAUGUUAAUCAUCUGUGAUAUCCAUUGUGCGGCAGAGUCGUUUGUGGGUGGUGAGAUAGACUUCUACGGAAUACUUCAGGUCGAAGAAACAGCAGAUGAAACCAUAAUAACCAAGCAAUAUCGAAGGAUUGCACUUUCAACUCAUCCUGAUAAAAAUAGUUUUGCUGGUGCCCAAGAUGCAUUCAAGUUGGUGGCUGAAGCAUAUUCUGUCCUAUCAGAUCCAGUAAAGCCAACUGAACAUGACAUGAAAAGGAUGUAUCGAUCACAAAAUGUGCCAAAGGAAACUAAUAAGAACAAACCAUCAAAGAAAACUGAUGCAGAUAAAGGGAGCGAGUCUGGAUCUAGCGAAACAUUUUGGACCAACUGCCCACAUUGUAAAUAUCGGUUCCAGUACAUCAAAGAAGUCCUGAACCGCAGGGUUGUCUGUCAGACAUGCAAGAAGAAAUUCACUGCAUCCCGUAUAGAGGAUCAGGAACCACCCACGCCAGAACAUGACUGGAAAAGGAAGAAUGGAACACAAAAUGUGACAAAGGAAACUAAUAAGAGGAAACCAGAGGAGCCCAUGCCCACUUCAUCAAGCAUGAUUAGUGAUUCUCAAGUUCCUGAAACCAUGUUCCAAGAGCAACAGCAUGAGACUCCCAGUCAACAAGGUCACGCUGUCAACUCUUCACGUGCAUACAAAGAAGGAAAUGAGAGCGCAGGUGGUGUGAAUCAAUCCAACAAGCCUGAGACGGUUCAGGGGAACACUAGAAUACCAGAGAUAGACAAGAACAUUGUUGGAAGAUCAAUGGCAGAUACUUUUCACUCAAAUGUUGUUGACAAAUUAAAUAAGCUGGGCAGAGAGCAAGCAUCCACUAUGCCAGGGUCAGGAUCCUGCAGUCGUGGAAGUUCUAACCAGAGAAAGCAACAUGUUGAUGGCAAACUUAGCCAGAAUAGCUCCGAUGGCAAAAAGAGGGAAAGGGAGAAUGAUUAUUCAUGUAAUAUCAGCAUGAACAGUAAUCAAAUACUAGGUGGUGACAUCACUAGUGCUGACAGGCAAUCAUCAGAAAAUCCUGUGUCCAGCAACAUAAACAUCCACGAGAUAACAGAAGGUAUGUGUACGAGUGAUGAUGAGGACAAUAUCAUGACAGAAGCCAUUGAUUUUGUUAUUGAGGACGAAUGCUAUUCUGAGCCAGUUAUGAAGAUCAGAGACAUCAAUAGUAUAACAUAUAAUGAUGGUAGUGCUGAUCAGAUCUGGGCCCUUUAUGAUAACAUUGAUCAUAUGCCAAGAUCCUAUGCUAAGAAAAAAUGUGAUGGUCAUUCAAAGUGUUUAUAUUGGUUAAAGUUCUAUCCAUUGUCUGAAGAAGAGAAAGAAUGGAACAACAAAACUUUGCCAGUUGCUUGUGGAAAGUUUUGCCUUGGAGAAAAGGUUGAUAUCUUAGAAUACAGUUCCUUGUAUUCUCAUACUGUUGAAUGGAAGAAAAUCUGUGUGAAAAAACUUUCUGGUGGAAGAGGUUCUGCAAAAACCAAAAUGACGAUGGUGUAUGAAAUAUUUCCUAAAAGGGCUGAGGUAUGGGCUCUUUACAAGGGAUGGAGUAAGCAAUGGAGCUCAACAGAUGCAUAUAAGAAUAGGUCCUAUGAGUAUGAAGUUGUGGAAAUACUGUCAGACAUGUCGGACAAUGGUGGCGCCAAUGUUAUCCCACUCAUCAGGAUUAAAGGCUUUCCUAGCUUACUAGUGGCAGCAAAGGAUAAAUCCACGUUCCAUAUACCUUCAGAAGGAUUUCUGCUACUUGACUCUAGUUGUCUUCCCUCUGACCUGGACACAACAUUCCCUUCUAUGAAUCUUGACGCUUACAUGUCUCAAAGCGAGAAGAGAAGCAGGAAAGAUCCACAAGUAGGUGAGAUUUGGGCCCUUUAUAUGGACUGGGCACCAGAGCAGAGUCCGUCCAGUCAUAAUUGUUGUGAAUUUGCUGUCGGUGAGAUCAUCGAGCGCAAUGAUGCUAGCACAAAAUUUUCUUUCCUGGCUAAAGUUGAUGGUUACAAAGCUGUUUUCAAACCUGACAAGAAAAAGCGAGUCCUGGAGAUACCUACUGUGGAGAACCUGAGAUUUUCGCACCGCAUACCUGCUUCCUUUUGUGUGAUGAAAGAAAUAGGUGGCAAGCGUCGUGUCUUCUACGACCUUGAUCCAGCUUAUCUUGUAACAGCGCAGGAUCAUGCCACUUCAUCAGGCAACAUGAGUACUGUUGGGAGUCUGCCAAUGAAGCAGAAGACAGCUGCUGCACGAGUUGGGCCUCGGCGCACGGAUCGGCGUACUCAUCCUAACAGCCGCUACAUAGGGCCCCAAUGGCAGUGA